AUGUCCGUGAAAGUCUUUAUUUCGUCUGCCUCGGGCAGUCUAGGGGUUUGUGUUACACUUUGCUUUAUCUUUGUUCAGGUUAAGAAGAACCAGAUGAUGCUUUCUACAAUCCUCGCGGCUAAAAAAAUCGAACAUGAAGAAAUUGACUUGGCGGAUCCUACAAAUGAGGAGAAAAAGUUAACCCUCAUCGAGAAUCUAAAAAGCAUCGACAAAAUAUUUGUUCCUCCGAUUAUUUACAUUGACGACGAGUACAUCGGCGUAAUUAGUCCUUCGUUUUUUAUUCUUUAGAAUUUCGAAGAUUUCUUCGAGUCAGUUGAGUUGGAAAAUCUCGAGGCCUUCCUUCGUUUGCCCGGAGCUAAGGAGGUAACUUCCCUAAUCGACAUCUGACCUUUUUUAACAGAAAACGUUUGAGGAAAUAGUUUCUCAGUCGGAGGUACCGCAAGUGCACUUAAACCCAUUGGCUCUUGUCGCGCGCAUGUCGCAUGCUGCAUGCCAAAUUUGCACCAACUGCCCGCUCAUCUGUAAUGCAUCCUUGAUCGUUACAGGCACCAACAACUGAAUCCGCUCCGAAAAAGGUAGGAUCUCUUUUUUACUUAAGUUUCGAAGGAAAAGUCGGAUGGUGAAGCCUCUCAGGCCUCCGAAAGUGAGUCAGAGGACGGCUCAUCUGCUAGUGCAAAGCGAAAAAAGAGCUCGUCCACUGACGGUGACAGCUCUGAAGCCUCUGAUAAAAAGAAGACAAAGUCAGGAGGCGAAGAGGCCGAGGAAGAACACAAAUCCGGAGAUAAGAAGUCAAAGCCAUCCGAUGGUGCCAAAGAAAAGGCUAAGGGAGCAAACGAGAAGGAAUCCGCUUCCUCCGAAUCGGAGUCGGCUUCCUCCUCUGAAGAGUCUGAGGAGGCGCAGGAUGAUAAGAAAGCGAAGGACGAAAAGGAAGAAAAGUCGACGACGGAAGUUAAGACCAAAGAGUCCUCGGAGUCAGAAAGUGAAGAAUCGUCCGAAGAGUCGGAAGAGAAGGCUUCUCCCCAAGCAUCAAACGCUGGCAAAACUAAAAAAGAGACGGAAGAAUCUGAAUCCAAUAGCGAGAGCGAGGAAUCAGAGGUUUCGGAAAAACCAAAAACGGCCUCGAAACCGACAGCGGGGUCAAAGGCUUCUGAUUCUGAAUCCUCUGAGACAGAAAGUGAAUCCGAAACAGAGGAGACCUCAAAGAAGCCUUCCCCGAAAGCCGAUCCCAGAACUGACAAGAAAGAGGAGUCUGAGAGCUCUGAGUCCGAAACGGAGUCCUCCGACUAA